AGAGUAGUUCACUUGCCUCUUUGUAUCCAUCAUUUACUUGUGUGUUUUUUUGGUUUUUAUUUAGUGAAGGAGAUUGAUCUUUGAUUCUUAUUCAUCUUUUUCUUCCUACCACAAGAGGCUUUGGCUGCUUUGCAAAGAGCUUGAUCCAUCCAUUAUUAUACUUAUUGUUAAAAUAUAAUGGUUGUUCGUGAUCAUCAUCAACGUAAGAGACAAUCAGACUAUUGUUUUUACCCAACUGAGAGGGAGGUUCUCAAGUAUCUAGUUGGUUUUGUGACAGACGAGCCACUUCCUGGGCAACAUCGAUACAUGCAGCGAGUUGAUCUUUACGCGGAGAAGGAACCAUGGGAGAUUCUUGAGGGCAGUAACACCAACACAGGUUACUUCAUCACACCGUUGAAGAAAGAGAAGUCUCAUCAUACAAGAUUUAAGAGAACUGUUGGGGAGGGUGGUACAUGGAAGAUACAAGACCCAGCCAAGAAAGUGUUCGAUGAAAAUGGCAGACUUAUGGGGUACGUACACCGUAUGAAGUACACUCCCGCCAAUAACAAAAAGGCAAUGAUCAAGGAGUUAUUCGGCGAGUGGUUGAUGAUGGAGUACUCUUUAUAUGAUCGUUAUGUUACUAAUCUUAGGAAGAAAGUUGUACAUAAGGAUUUUGUAAUUUGUAUGAUUAAGAAGAAGAAGAAGAAACAAGGCUGUGAUGAUGGUAAGAAAAAAGAUGAGAAUAUCAUGAAUGAGGUUGAAGUUAAUGAAUUAAUCGAUUCCGUUAUGGAAGAACUAGAAGAGAUUGAUGAUGAUAAUAGAGAGGUGGAUGUUGGGGAUGAUUUUCUUGCUGCAUUGGAGGAUGAAUGUUCUGAUGCAAACCAUAUCAAUCUUGAUGAAUAUGACUUUGUGAUAUAGUUCGCUACUUAAUAAUUUUUGAUAAAGUUACAAGUUGUACUCUUAUAUUAUAGUUUAUAAUCAAGCACUAUGUGACAUUUUAUAUUUC